AUGGCGACUCUUGAAGACGAUAGAAGGAAUUAUAUUAACAGAAUAUUGACUAUUUUACCGUGAUAACACAAAGAGAAAAUGUAGUGACACCUUUGUAUCCAGCAAUGCCUGUGUGAGGCUUUACCAUGUCCUCGGUGGUUGAAAUGACGGAUAGAAAUGACAAUGUCACCGCAGUUCAAAUUUCCAGCACUUCUCACAGAGUGAAUAAUAUAGGGGCUCUGAAAUUCCGACAGCGUCCAAUGAAGACAACGUGGAAAGACCUGUCUCCCACUCACAGCAAAGGUCAGCUGACCUUGGGAGGUCAGACACCAUGUGACAAUCAUGUGACCCUAAACAAUCCAGCUAACUCCGCGACCAUCACAAUCGAUGGAGGCUUCCACCUAGAGCAGGGUCCAGUCAUCAAGAUGGACUCGAACAUCAUCACUACCAAGCUGGAGGAGCGACAAGUGUCAACGUUGCCACGGCGAUCACGCAAUCGCACAAAAACGUGGAAGGACCUUUCACCAACAAAGGAGAAGAACAUGAGUUCAAGUUACGGAGGAAGUCCUAAGACGAGGAAGAACGAAGAGAACAGCAACCAGCUGGUGACAUGGAAGGACCUCUCCCCGACAAAGGAACCAUCAUCGCCUGAGAAGAAAAAGAAAAAGAAACGUCCCGAGAGUGGAUAUUUCUCAAAUGAUGUGCAGAGUGAUGUGCAGGAAUCGCGGGAAGGAAUCGAUGUGUCCUUGUCGGAGAGUGAGAGCGGAAAAGGAAGGUCAACAGCUGCUUCUUCUCCAGAAGACGGAUGUUUCAAUAACGAGUACUUCUACGACGAAGACUUUAUCGUUCAGUUUGAUACCAACAUCCGCGAUGGAUCUGUUCCCCGAAGUGAAGGGGAGCCUGAACCGGUUCUACCCUUUCCACAUUCUCUUACUGGAAGUUACACACGAUUUGGAACUCUGCCCGAUUCGCAGCAAGAUGUGUUUCUGGGACCCUAUGAAUCCGAACUGUCUGGCAGUCGGACAUCUAUGGAAAUCUCAUCAAGUGAGCGCGAGAUGAUGUGUUCUAGUGAUAUGUUAGAUUUCAGCAAUGAUCCACUGUUCACCCCUACCCCGACAGGAGAGCCAUUGCCUCAACACUUUUCUCUGGACAGUUUAGGACGUUGUCAGGAGCUUGUGAAUAGCCGGUCUUCAACCGAUGCUCGUCUUGCAGUUACCUGCUGUCCAAGGAAGGAUGAGUACUUCUUGUCGUUUAAUGAAUCUCAGAGCCAUUUUACAGCAUCCGAGAGUGAACAUUCGUAUGUCUCACAAUCCUCGUCUCAGGGAGGGGCGAGUAACUCUUGCAGCCCAUCGUGCAGUUCAAAUGGAGAGGAGGCUGAAGAAAUUUGUUCGAAUAGUUUUCACUUUUGUCAAAUGCAGAACACUGAUCCAAGUCAGAGGGCAAGUCGAGCCUAUCGGCCUAACAGCCAUCAACGCGGCUGCUCCCUCGGUGUAGUGCAGGAACGAUCAAUUGAAAAGUCAGAGCUCAGUGACCUCGAGAAAGGUCACUGCAGCAAAUCUUCAGGUUCUAGUCGGUCACACAGUUGUGGAAGUUUGCGCUCUCCAGCAAGGUCCCCAUCUUGUUACAAGUUAUCUUCCCAUACUGGAACUCUUCAGUCUUUAGAAGAUAUGCACUAUUCGGAUGAGGUGAAUGCCCAGGCAAGGUAUGCAACAAACGUCACAUCUUGGAAGCAUGUAAAAAAUCUGAGAAAGUUUGGUAAACUUGAAAACAUGUUAGAGACAUCGCGAUGCAACAGCUUGCCUGACCUUAGCCAUCCUGUUCAACACAGAAAAUUAGAACGAGCAAAGAAGCGUGAAAAUUUGCAGGCAAUGGCCGACAGCUUCCACAAUAAACGACAUUCCGCAUCGCUUCUGGAAAUGUACCAGAGGAUGCGAUGUCAGUCAAAUCCUGUGUCUCCAGACACCAUGAAAACUGUUGAGCAAAUCCUGUUUCCUCAGAAUGGCCUGGGUGACGAAAGACUAGGUGAUCAUUUGCUGUCGGUCUCACGUACAGGCCUUGACCAAGAUGACUACAGUGAACAUGAUUCAGACAUUUGUGGAUGUGGGAACAGAGGCUUGAGACUUAACAUCCCGACUGAAGUGGGUCCUGGUGUCAUCAGGAGUCGAGAUUCCCGGACCAUGUCACCGUCUUUCAGGAGCCAUUCGACCGGAAUGACCCCCGACACUGUCGUGCUGUGGCAAGGCACCAAGAACUUCGCUUCCCAGUUCCCGCCUAAGACACAAGACUGUGGUAUUCAGACAUCCAUUGAUGGGAGUAAAGGCCCCGUUCUGUUGGACCAUUCAAUGCAGACGUCUCCGAAUUCGCCACAGAGAGAUCUGAUCUCUUUACUAGAUGACGUAUGUGGUCAUGAACCUCGGAAGGAAGUAAAGGACCCGGACACACCUUCACCAAGGAGAUGUGUGUCAGCCAAUGAAAUUAGAGCCAAAAGAACAAACUCUAUGCCCAACUUUAAAAGAUCUGCGAGUCUUUCUCCUUCGCGAAUUGGAAAGAACUCUUUCUAUACCCAUAAUUCCUUGCCCGGAUCUAGCUUCUUGGCAUCAGGAAUGGAACAAACUCAUAGUAACAGCUCACUGUUUGACCCAGUACAGAUACCAAUCAUUCUGCGACCAGUCAUUGACGAUAGUCAACAGACACAGUCACGACAGACGGGGUCGUGUUCGUGUCAAGGUCACAAGGGUCGUGUGCCAACUCGUGUAGGGGAACUAGCCUCCAGUAGCAGUGGAGUAAGCUCGUCAUCAUCUUGUUUUGACCCUGGAUACGUGGAACCAAGACGAUGUGCAUCGCUAGCGGCAGAUCUCGAACGCAUUUUGUUCCUCCCCCCUCAUCUGGAGGGUGUACCCAAGUUUGUUGACAACAAUGAGCAGCAGACAUGUCUACCUCAUCAUCACACGGACUGUCAGCGCGAUGGGGGGGAGCGCAAGUACGAUCGGUAUGCCUAUGAAAUGCAUCCUGGGAACUGCCAAGUGAAUCCAAAGCCAAAGCCUCAACGGCGUCCCCUGACCAGCAGCAGCUCCUCCAACUCGACCAGCUCACUACACCUGGAGGGUCUGUAUGCCCUGAAGGAGGAACAGAGUCCUACAUCCCCGGAGAAGCCCGAGACGGGGCCGAGUUGGUUCGAGCAGCAACGGCUUCGGCAACAUCCAUCUGCGAAAUACACUGCUGAAGAACUGUGCUAUGGUUUGUCCGACAGCCAGGAUGAAAACGACAGCAUUACUAUUGAGAUCUAUGAACAGUUUGCUCAUGAUCGCAAGCCUCUGAAAUCCUGUUUACGCAAGAAAGCCAAAGGUUAUAGGUCAAGGUCAUUAUCUAACCCUGACAGUUUGUGUGCUCAGAGUGAAGCACCCCCAAGGAAACCCAGCCGACAUUCAAUCGCGUGUGAUGGAAUAUUCCCACAACUUGUUGAUGAAGAGCAAUUCGAAAAUGCACAAAUUGAGUGUAUACGUAACUUCUGUGAUGAAGGAUUACCUCCCCCUGAAUUGCUCCAAGAGACUGAGGUGAACCUGGCAGGGAUUGUGUCAUCAAGUAGUAGCUCAUUUGAAGAUUCAAAGGCCAACAAGAGAGUGAGCUUCGCUUCUGAAGUGUCCUUUCACUCACCACAGUACAGCCCUCAGUGCUCCCCAAAGAGACAGGGAUCCUCCCCGAAGCCUGAGACGGACGAGGAACAGCUUACCUUACAGAUUACAGAGUCUGGUGACAGCACGACAGUCCAGCUUGUACCCAAGCAAGGGCUGUGCAACACAGGACCAGAGAAACCACCACGCCUCGCACAGCAGGCUCAAACCCGGGAAUUCAGUCCGCAGCCUAUUGGACGCAGCCCAAGUGCGGAAUUUGCCUUUGAAAUGGCAAGAAAGAGAGCGGUCCUGAUUGUAUCAAAGGCAGCAGAAGUCCUAUUGGUUUCACAUUUUGCCAAGGCAAGGGAUCCUUUCUUGCGAUUAGGUAGUUCUGCUGAGAACCCUGGGAUCAGCAAGUUGGUGGUGGCCCAGCUGUGCCCGGCUAUCGAGCAUGUGGUGGAGAACGGCAUGAAGGCCUUCCUGACUGGCUUCCAUGUGUUCGGCAAGAUCCACAUCACGCCGUGGAGGGUGGCAGAGAUGUCUUCAGAAAUUGGACCCUACACCCUGCUACGCCUUGUGAAUGAGCUGGUGAGACAGCUGAAGCUGAAACAGACCCUAAUAUCCAACAAGCAGAAGUUCUAUGCUUUCAUCAUCGGCCUCCUCAAUUUGCGGCUACUGGAUUUCUGGAUGGGGUACGUACGAAGCAAGAAGAACAUCGUAGAUCGUGUGUACAACCCUGCUGCCAUCUUGUGCUUGAGUCAGUCCCACCUACAACGUGGCUACGACGACAUGCUGCUUGCGCUCCAACCCCUGGCAGUCCUGCCCUUCCAGUUGGAGUUCGACAUCGUCACACCGAGCACUCAGCCUCCCGGACAGAUCGCCACUGAGGCCAGCUGCAAACAGCCCUCCAACACCUCACCAAGGACCAGUGAGCAGAGGAUGCUGGGGAGCGACAUGCGGGAGAGCGUGGACGGAGAGAAGGGUCACAACUUGAAGUUGUUCAACAAUGCAACUUUCCCAAGAGCAAGGACAGCCAUGACGAAUAUGACAACCUUCAAGGGAGGUAACUCUGAGAAGAAGUCGUUGCUGCCACCAUCUCCUACGAAGAUGCCUGGUGCGGAGACAGGUCUUGUAUCACAGCCUAUGAAGAUCAUUGAGAACAAUCAGGUCCUGGAUCUCAAGUAUGAAGACAGGGAGGAGAAUGAGGAGAGAAUACACGUGAUGCAGUCCCCUGUUAGUUCCAUAACCAACCUGGCGGCGAAGUUCCUUCUGAAGACCCAGAGUCUUGAUCGGGGGUACAGAAAUGGGGCAACGGAGUACAGCUUCGCGAAUUCAAAGCUAAAACAGACGAGCUUGGACUCUUCAUCCCAGGAUUCGAGCCAGGCAACCCAAGAUGGCCGACAUGUCGUUCUGGACGGUAGGCAGUCCCAGGAAAGCAUGUCAUCAUCGUCGUCGCAAACAAUGAUGCAGCCCAAACAGUCACCGAGAAACUCUUUCAACAUUAUCUCCUUCUUUGACAAACUUCUGCUGCCUGACAAGAUGAAUCCGAAGUCGUCCUUGACCAGAAACAGUUGGACCGAGGGCCAGAGAAGCAGUCAUGAGUCUGUUUCCGAGGACGCAAGGAGCAAGAGUCUCUCUCCUCAGCAUCAGCCUCAAAAACAGGAACCUUCAGUGUGUGAUGUAAAGGAGGAUGGGACCAGAAGCGUGGGGAGCGAUGAGACGGAUAGUCGCAAGGAGUCUAGCGACGAUAACGACAGUCGGAAGGAGUCUAGCGACGAUAACGACAGUCGGAAGGAGUCUAGCGACGAUAAGGAGUCUAGCGACGAUAACGACAGUCGGAAGGAGUCUAGCGACGGUAAUGACAGUCGGAAGGAGUCAAGUGAUGAGGAGAAGUUGGGAGCAGGAGAGACGAUGUCCGAGGCACUGAAGUCCGAGGAUGACAUCCAGGUUGAAACAACCGAGUCUGAUAAUUCGGAUUUGUCUCAAGCAAUGAACAACCUGGGACUGGAAGAUAAAGAGGUUGACACUGAAAUGGAUUGUUCCAAGAAUAUAAAUGACAAUGACUGUGGUGAAAAUUCCGGUGCCACAAAGAGGUCCACCAGCAUCGUGACCGAAGAUGCUCCUCUCAGUCAAGCAGUGGAUGAUCCUGUUCCAAAUGUGCUGAAAGAAAACGUGUCCCCUUCCUCCGCCCCCAAAUCAACAAGAGCGACCGUUGCCAGGGGUAACAGGUUAGAAGUAGGUUUGGGACAGUAUUACCCUAACGUGGAUAUUAAUGCUAACUCCCCUGACUUCCAUCCUGAUCAUUAUGCAAUUGGGGUUACUGAACAUCCCAGCCAAUCAGAAUCAAACUCACAAAAAGCGUGCCAGCUGAACCAACAGGAAUCCAGGUUACAAACCGCAUGUCAGCCUACCAAGUCGGAAUCCAGUUCUGAAAGGGUAUGUGUGCACAACCACACAGAAGCAGAUAUACAGAAGCUGUCUUCGGAUCAAUUCUUGAAAUCACCUGAACCGUCAAGCGAUUCUUCAGGGGACUCCUUCCAUAGAACGAUGUACAGGUACGUGAUCACCUUGGUAUCAUGUGAUCCAGAUGACAAUGAUCAUAUGAACUACGAGAUCGGAGAAUACCUGGAAGUGCUGGCUCAACUUGACAGCGAUUGGUUAUAUUGUGCCAAUGGGAAAUGUGAAGGUUUGGUCAGAUGCAGCGCCGUUAAGCCAAUCACGGAUGAGGAUAUGUUUGAACAGCUCCACGACAACUUUUAUCGCUGACCCAUCACAAUUCAUAUGUGUAUUCAUAUAUAUUGUAAUUUCAAACCUUGUGGCAUUACGAUUUUUCUUAAAUAAUUAAAAUUGUGCUAUUAUCGUUCAAAUUAUCCACUUCAGACUGUUUCGGUUAAAUGUGCUUGGAACAGUAGCUGUGUCACUGUUGUUUUUUGAAAUAUUGAAAUAGAAUUGCUGCAUUUAUUAUGGAAAUUUAGGAUUGUUAGCUGCACGUGUUCUAACCUUGGGACAACAUACAGCUGAAGAUGCUGGUCACUGUUCAAGAAUGGUGUACAAUUCUCAGCGUAGGAAUACACGUAAACAGAACAACCAACAUGUGACUAGACGUAUACGACUUGUGUACAAUUAUUGUCGACACAGUGAAGCAUGUACAGCAUUGUGUCUCGAUGUAACAAAGGACUUGUUUCACUUAGAGAAAAAGACAUAGACACCACCCAUUGAAUAAUCACCCUAGAUAUUGUCAAGUGAUAAAUACCAUUCACGGUCUUGUGUGAGAGUUAUCUCCCUUUAUUCUUACCAUUGUGCUUGCUGCCCAUUCAAAAUGUCAUGUUGAUUUCAGUAAUAUGUUAUUAGUUUAUAUAUACAGGUUAAGAAUCACAUUCUGCAUGAUGAUCUAAGGGAGACAACUCUUACUUGUCUAAGGGAGACAACUCUUACUUGUCUAAGGGAGGUAAUUUUAAUAGACCCAUGUGGCCCUCACUUGGACCUACUGCUGCAAUACAUGUGACUAUAAAGUGCAUUUAGAUGAACAACCUUUGUUUGUUUCACAUAUAUUCAUCAUCAUAAUCUCUCAUGUUGUUGAUAACUAUAAUCAUCCACUGUAACUAUUACUAAUCAUUGAAUAUCGUAGUCGGUAGAGAUCCUCUGGAUCUGUGUAUAUUACAAUGUGUCACGUUCGACUGUAUGGGAAAUUUUGAGAAAUCAGUACAGCCUAUGUAAUGUAUUCGAGUAUGUUUUUGUUGGCCUGUGACAUUUGCCCCUUUACAAGCACUAUUUUGUGGUCAGUGAGUAGUAAUACAUACGCUUUAAGAUUCUGUGACUGGGACUUAUUGCCUUCCCUGUAUCUCCCACAGAGCAUACCAUGUAGCAGUCACUAUAGCGGUUGCUUCAUGUUGAUGUAUCCUUGAUCUAUUCCUGUGGGUUCUUAAGACGACCAAUGCCAGAAUCCCUGGGUUCUCUCUGGGUUGUAAGGAGCUGGUUUUAAAGUGGGUCUGGACUUUGGUAAAACAGCAGGCCAUGAAAGUUUGAUUGAAGUCACUGGAAUAUCAAUUUGUCUGCUGAUGUUUGAUACUGUCACUUAUUACAAUGUCUCCACCUUGCUGAUACAUCAUGGAGUAUACUUUCCCUUUAAUAAAAUUAAUAUUUGGUUGCACCAGGUGCAACCUGAUCACAAUGUAGAAAAUAUCACUGGUGCAACCUGAUCACAAUGUAGAAAAUAUAAUUCAAAGUCCAACUCGAUCCAGGGUGGCUUUCAGUAGAUUCAUGAAAAAGCCAUUUUUUAUGCUGGGUUAAGUUUGUGAACACAAAAACAAAUGGAAACGUUUCAAUCAAAAAUGUUUGCUUGCACAUGUGCAAGAUCUGAAGCAUUAUUUGACAUCUCAUUUUUCAACCUAUUGAAGUCUGUCAUCAGUCUGACAAAAAACUAGACCAAGUGAACUGAUAACCAUUAUGCUUAACUUAAAAUACUAAUUGCAUAUUCUCGUGCUUUUGUGCGCCCACUUGAUGUGAAUUUGAGGUGCUCAGAGCACGCUCGACGACAUGAUGUUGUUACCUGCACUGUCCGUGUUGUUGUUGUUGCUGGCGUUGUUGUGUUGUCACAUCUCCCAUCAUCGUUGUAUUUACUCAUUGCAAGUCGGCGUCUUUGGUAAAGGGUCGUACAUUUUCAUAACUCCCUGUGCCACUUGAAGUAUGUGUAACCAUGGUAACUACACUAGAUAUGCAAUUACUUCUGCAUUAUACUUCUGUGUGAAAAUUAUGUUGUUUAUUUUUUAUGGAAAUAACACACCAUUGAUAACAACGUUCAAAAUAACCAAAAACACAAGUAUUAAAUCAAAUAAAUGGCAUCGCCUGUUAAAAGGAAUUUAUUUUUCAAAAUAUAAUUUUGAAAUAUUUUGAUCAUUCAGUCAAAACACAAAUGUGUAGCUUUUGCAAUCAAUCAAAACAUUUUUGAUGAAGUGUUCAACUUCUGCUAUCUGCAUCUCUUUUGAAUACCAGGAGUGCAAAGGAGCUUUGACAUUAACAUUGAUUUUGAGCUAUAGAUGACAUUAUCUAUCAUGUCUUGAACAAAUCAGACAUCAGCUUUCUAGUCAAAUUCAGCUACAUCUUGAUAGUUUAUCCUUUUGGGUGUAGAUGGCAACAUGCUCAGAAAUUUAAGUAUGAAAUGCCCACAAAAUUGUUAUUAGACAGCUUUAUUUUUAUCAUUUGGAACUCACAGAUUAAAUGCCAAGAUGAAUGAAAUUCCCACAAAACUGUCAUUACAGAGCUUUUUUUCAUUUGGAACUCCCUGAUUAUGUUCAUUUUCAAGACUCGACAGAUGUAUUUAUACUUCUCUCAUUAUCUGUCAUGUCGACACAGCAAUAGUAAUCCAGGUUUAGUCAAGAUGACCCCACUCUGCAUGCUUUUGUGCCAAGAAGAGGUGGACAAGUGUUUUCUAUGCUGCUCCGUGAAAUUCACAGAGAUACUUUUUUGGAUAUUUGAGAUUACUCUGAAAUGUAUUCAUGAACCAUUAAGGUAUCUGCAAGCAAGGUAAUCACUAACUGUCCCUUGUCCUGGUUCUGAGUCCAGAAUACCGACCCGAGACGAGGGAUGUUCCAGAUGGACUAUUCAUGCCGUCUGCUCAUUAUCCAUGAAAUGAGCUGUGGAGUAGUUGCAUGCUAUGCACGAGGUCUGCUCUUACUUACAGGAGAAAUUAAACAUUUUACUCUUGAAACUGUACAUAUUUUUUAGAUUACAAGAAUCCUAUUUUGUAAGCCUUCGAUUGUUUGUUUUCGAAUGAACAGCCCAUUCCAAUACAGUUCCAGUUUGUCUUGAAUGCAGCUUGGCAUUAUGUUAUAUUUCAGUAUUUCGUGCAAUGUCAUUAAAAUCAGAUCUGUUCCUGUGAUAUAAUACCUCUAAGGAUAAAGAAUGGAGGACAGUUCUGACAGUUUUGGAAAUGGACUUGUCAGUGAUUCCGAGCUAGGUCUGACUGAAGGAUGAGGAGGUUCUUGAACAAAUCAGACGUCAGCUUUCUAGUCCAAUUCAGCUACAUCUUGAUAGUUUAUCGUUUUGGGUGUAGAUAGCAACAUGCUCAGAAAUGAAAGUAUGAAAUGCCCACAAAAUUGUUAUUUGACAGCUCUAUUUUUAUCAUUUGGACCUCACAGAUUAAAUGCCAAGAUGAAUGAAAUUCCCACAAAACUGUUAUGACAGCUUUUUUUUUCAUUUGGAACUCCCUGAUUAUGUUCAUUUUCAGAUGACAGAUGUAUUUAUACUUCUCUCAUAGGUACUGAGAAUUGAGAGGCCUCAGCUGAUUGGCUGAUUAGAAAGUUGACCUGAUGCAGCCAGUGUGCGAAAUAGUUUCCACAUUUUGCUAGCCAAUCGGGCUAGCUAUUUUGGAGAGUAACUAGCCGACAAAAUAAUUCACUAGCCUGAAAUUUGAAUGUAGAAACUAAGCAAAAGAUUUCAAAUAUAGAUGAGAAUAAGAUAUUGUCGGCAUGGCACGGAUUUCAUCAUUAAGCUGCUAACGUGAUGAACAUUUUUAUCGGGCCAUAAUAUAUCUGGCUCGACAGGAUUUUACUAGCCACGGGCUAGCGGGCCAGUGGCUAUUUCGCACACUGGAUGCAGCCUCAUUAGUUGUUUCCAUAUCUUCCUACAGA